UGAAACAUGAUAUACAAAAUUAGAUCCAAGCAAGCCAUCAACAUCUUCGAAGGUAUUUGACUAGGCCUAAUAAAAAUAAAAACACGUGACGUGAGUGUUGUUGCGUCUCGUGGCACCUACACUGAAGAAAGAUAGCAAAAGAAGAAAGCGACGAGAAAGGCAAACGUUUUUUCAUCUCACCGACCCAUCCAUCACACACUUUUGCUUAAUUGCGUUCGUCUUCUUGCAUGCUUGUUCUGCCUACUUAUUCAUUCCCUUUCCCUUUCGCAUUCAUCCAUCCUCUCACCAAUCUCAAUACCAUUAGGUUUUGUUUCAAUCGUCUUGCCGAUCGUUUUAGCUACCUACGUAGGGUUUCCACCAAUGCCGCCGGAUUCCUCCGAACUAGACAGUGAUCCCGAUACUGAGUUCGCCGAAAUUGAUCCUACCGGUAGAUAUGGCCGGUAUAAGGAAGUUUUAGGGAAGGGGGCUUUCAAAAAAGUGUAUCCUUUUUAUCUUGUUUAUUUUGUUUAUGAAUUUUUAUGCUUAAUUGUUGAAAUGAAAUGUAUAUGUGAUAUGGAUACGUUUGGAAUUUGGAUAUGUUUUUCCAUGACAGUAAUUUGGAAAUGCAGAUACCGAGCUUUUGAUGAAUUGGAAGGAAUUGAAGUGGCUUGGAACCAGGUUAAGGUGUCUGAUCUAUUGCGUAAUUCUGAGGAUUUGGAGCGGCUUUACUCGGAAGUUCAUUUGCUUAAGACUUUGAAGCAUAAGAAUAUUAUUAAAUUUUACAGUUCAUGGGUUGACACCAAGAGUGAGAAUAUUAAUUUCAUUACUGAAAUUUUCACGUCCGGAACAUUGCGCCAAUACCGGAAGAAACAUAAGCAUGUUGAUUUGAGAGCUUUGAAGAAAUGGUCUAGACAGAUUUUGGAGGGCCUUUCAUAUCUUCAUAGUCAUAAUCCACCAGUUAUUCAUAGAGACCUUAAGUGUGACAACAUUUUUGUCAAUGGGAAUCAAGGGGAGGUGAAAAUUGGUGAUUUAGGGUUGGCUGCCAUUCUUCAACAGGCCAGUUCAGCUCACAGUGUUAUAGGUACCCCAGAGUUUAUGGCCCCAGAACUUUAUGAAGAGGAGUACAAUGAGCUUGUUGACGUAUAUGCUUUUGGCAUGUGCUUGCUAGAGUUGGUAACUGUUGAGUACCCGUAUGUUGAAUGUACCAAUGCUGCUCAAAUAUACAAGAAAGUCACAUCUGGAAUAAAGCCAGCAUCAUUGGCAAAAGUAAAUGAUCCCGAAGUUACAGCCUUUAUAGAGAAGUGUAUUGCUCAUGUAUCACAACGGUUGCCUGCAAAGACUCUCUUGAUGGAUCCCUUCCUUCAGUCAGAUUUUGAUGGUGACAGUGUCGGUCGAUCUUCGAGAUCUAGAACCCCGCAUUCAAGAAAUAACUUUGAUGAUGUACCCAUUGCAAAAAGUGCCAAGGAUAACUCUGUUGAGGCAAAUAGGGAAUUCACUGUGGAAGGCCAGAGGAGAGAUGUUAAUACAAUAUUUUUAAAACUACGAAUUGCUGAUUCUUCAGGCCAUAUUCGAAAUAUCCAUUUCCCUUUCGAUAUUGGAGAAGACACUUCAGUCGCUGUUGCCAGUGAAAUGGUUGAGGAGUUGGAGCUUAGUGAUCAAGAUGUUUCAACUAUUGCAAUGACAAUUGACUCAGAAAUUCGAUACCACAUCCCUAGCUGGAAACCUAGUGAAAUUCCUGACAAUAGUUCUUAUCAGGAUUCAGGCCAUACCCAUGAAACUAUGCCCCAGGCUUCUCCCAUAGCAAAUGAUUCUCCUGGCAGCCUUGCUUUGGAAAUAUUACCUUCAGGUCGUAAGUACUGGUCAGACUCGCCUAAGGGUGUUGGUGGAAGCUCUCCAUAUCUGCACGGUGCUUCAAAUUUGUCUCAUGAAGUGGAUAUGUUUGCUGAGGCAGGCGUCUUGUUUGCAAAUAGUGCGGAGAAGGAAUGUGAUGGGACUGCUGAUUCCCCUUCCAGUGAAAGAAGUUUUACAUCAGCCCAUUUUGAAACCGCUGGUGAAAUGUCCUUUCAAGAAGAAAUAUCAGUAAGUUUGGAAGAAUCUGAAACAGAAGACAUCAAUAAAAUAGCGACAAAGCUGGAAACUUUGUUGGGUAUGCAGAGAGAGGAGUUAAACGAACUGAAGAAGAAGCACCAAGUAGCUGUCUCAGAUUUUUUGAAUGAAUUUUCUCCAGAAAUUUCCCUACAGCUUCUAAAUAUAUGCAACCUGCAGAUGCCUGACUCUGAAGUGUAAAUCUUUCAUGCAUGUUACUUGGAACAAAUUGCACAGAGUUAAUAUUUUGGGUUCGGGGAGUCAUAACUUUUGAUCAUCUUUGCAAGAUGAUUUUGGUUGAGUGAAGACUUAAUCUCAUCUUUAGCAUGAAGACUAAAUGCUAUUGCUGUAUUUAAGGGUAGUGAAAUGAUAGGGCGUCGUAAGACUAGAUUAUUUCAAUUUCAUUCCCCAAUAUAAUAACAUCUGUACAUAGUUUGGUACAAGUUAUUAAACUAUAGAAAGUGUAUACUUGUACAUAUUCUUGCUUUCACUAGGAGUUUACCGUUGGUUGGUAGCAGUUAAAUGCUGAGCAUGGUAUCAUCUAUUUGAUCUUGUUAUUGCAAAUUAUUUUUCAUUUAUUA